AUGGAUUUAAGACGUAUGUUAUAUGAAAAUAUUGUACUGUCAGGCGGUUCGACGCUUUUCAAAGGUUUUGGUGAUCGUCUUGUUUUAGAAUUAAAACGUUUAGCUCCAAAAGAUGCACAUUUACGAAUAUCUGCACCACAAGAACGUUUAUAUUCUACAUGGAUUGGUGGUUCUAUUCUAGCAUCAUUAGAUACAUUUAAACGUAUGUGGAUAUCUAAAAGAGAAUAUGACAGUGAAGGUGCACGUGUUCUACAUCGUAAACUUCUUUAAACAAUAAACAAAACACAAUUAUUCAUUCUUUCAUUUUUCUAAUUGAUCAUCUCAAUUGGGAACAACAACAACAACAAAAAGUAUUACUAACUCAAAGGAAAAUGGUUGUAUGUGUUGUGUAUAUUCAUGAAUAUAGGAUCUGUAUUUUCAUUUAACACAUGGACACACACACACAGUAACGUCUAAUCUUUCUUGUUCUUCUCUUAUUUACUUUGACCUAUCCUACUUGUAAAAC